AUGAAUCCAUCCAAAAAAGAAAACAUUCAACAUAAAGACUCGGUCGAUGCUACAUCUCACAUUAAUUUAGAGUCACCAACUAAUCAAGAUUUGGAAACUUCAAGUGCAACAAGUAAAAAACAUCAUUUAGAUAAUUCUUCAAUGGUGAUUGACUCAUAUGCUGGUGUUAUUGAUUCAACACAUGUCCCAUCUUCGAAUGAAAGAGAUAGUGCCUCCAGUUUGCAACCAAAUUAUAAAAUAACGAGAAAUGAAAGUACUGCUAAUGAUGAAUAUAAUAAAUUUAGCAGCAAUACCAAGGACAAUAUAGAUCAACCAAUUUCACCUGGUUCUAAAGAUUUAAAACAAGAAGAUAAUUUAUUAAAAUCAGCUGAUGCUGGUGAUUCAAAUGCUCCAAAAGAAUUCAUACCCAACUUUGUUAAAAUUUUGGGAGAAGAUUAUUUCAAGAAAAGAGCACCAGGUGAACCCAUAAAAAAGCAUCCUAUACCACCGGAAUUUUAUUAUCCAAUACCUAUUUAUAAUAAUAAAAGCAUUGAUAUUUUUAUUAUUAUAAAUAGGUAUUGGAUAAUAAAAUUCCCAAUGCAAUUAGGGAAAAAGAAAAACGAGAUGAAGAAAUGA